AUGGCUACCCCUAGUGUCCUCGCUUUUGACGCUGAGGGUCGGGCCAUUGACUUUGACGUCUGGGUAGAUGACCUGCAGCUUUUCCUACAGUACGAUAGGGCAGACGGUCUCUCCCUCUUUGACCUCACCUCUGGUGCCUCUUCUGCCCCUGCUGCUGAUGCCGACGCCACUGUUCGCUCACAGUGGGCCACACGCGAUGCUGCUGCACGUCUUGCCGUGCGUCGCCACCUGCCUACCUCUGAGCUCGCUGACCUCAUUACGCACCUCCGCACUAGUGACACUCGCUACCGCGCUGCGCUUCCUGCUGAGUUCUGCGCCAAGAACCCCCCCCCCAUGUACAUCACCCUCUACUACAUAGUCACCCGGCUCCCUGACUCCCUUCGCGUAGUCAGGGACCACUUCCUCUCAGUUUGCCCCACCACUCUCACCGUUGACCUCCUCGAGAAGGCCCUCCUAGCAGCAGAGAAGAGCAUAGUAGCUGUAGGAGCCUCUCGUGGUGACCCUCGCACCCCCAUCUUUGAGGGGUGUUCCCCCUCCCCCCUUUUGCCCUCUUUUGCCUCUGCUGCUGCGGCCGACCUCGUUGGGCUUGAGUCGGUCGGUGCGGCGUCUACCCCUAGCGGGAGACGCCGCCCUGGCAAGGGCAAGGGGGGCAGGGGCGCUGGAGGAGCUAGCGGGGGCGGUGGAGGCGGCGGUGGAGGCGGUGGAGGGAGUGGGGGUGGCGGUGGGGGUGGUGGCGGGGGUGGAGGUGUCGGUGGCGGCAGUGGAGGCGGAGGCGGUGGCGGCGGUGGCGGUGGGAGCGGAGGUGGCGGCGGUGGAGGAGGCGGUGGCGGAGGAGGUGGAGCUGGUCGGGGUGGCGCUACGCAGAGGGUCGGCUCCGGUGGUGGUCAGCGCCAGCAGCAGCAGCAGCAGCAGCGCACUCGUGACAUCCCCCCCCCUCAGCAGCUCCGUGAGUGGUACGCUGCACGCCAGCGGGGUGGGGGUACUGGUCCGUGCACCUACGUCCUACGCACCGGCGACCGCGCGGGUGAGCAGUGCGGGGGUGCGCACUCCACCCAGCGCUGCUUUGGCCGCCUGACGGACGCUUGGCGUCACCAGUUCCCGGAGGCCACUGAGAUCCCCCGCUGGGGCGAGCUGUCUAGGGCGGGAGUAGCUGUCUUUGACCUUGACUUUGAUGCUAUUCUUGCUGCCAUGUAUACUGUGACUAUUAGUGAUGAGGGUGACUGUUACCGGUGUUUUCCGCCCGACCCGGGCAUUGAGACUGCUGCUCUAGGUACUGGUGAGGCUGCUGCUCUAGGUGCUAGCGAGGCUGCUGCUCUAGGUGCUCGUGCGUCUGCUCCCUCAGGUGCUGGUGAGUCUGCUCUCUCAGGUACUGCGUCGGCUUCGGCCUCCCACACCUUCACCCUUGACUCGGGGGCUUCUCGCUCCUUCUUUCGAGACCGUACCACACUCACGCCGCUUGGCCGGCCAGUUGCAGUCUGUCUGGCAGACCCCUCUGGGGGUCCUGUCUUUGCUCACUUCUCCACUGUCCUCCCGUGUCCGGCGGCCCCCUCUGGCACCCUGUCUGGUCUUUACCUCCCCUCGUUCUCUACGAACUUGGUGAGUGGUGCUGACCUACAGGAUGCGGGGGUUCACCAGUUCACUCCUGCGAGUCAGCGGGUGACCCACUGCACGGACGCUCGGACUGGCCGACACCUGGCCAUGUUUACACGUCGGCCGGGGUCGAGCCUGUACACACUGACCACUGCGUCUCCUCCAGUCACUGCGUCUGGUCAGGUAGCUGCGUCGGGUCAGGUGUUUGCUGCAGCGUCCAGGUCUGGUCCUGAGUCUGCCCCCUGCUCGUGUCGCCUCCUGUCUCACGAGACUCUCCUCUGGCACCACCGCCUUGGUCACCCCUCCCUGCUUCGUCUCCGAGGCAUGGCCUCCCGUGUCCUUGUCUCUGGUCUUCCCCGGUCCCUCCCUCCCCUUCCUCCGGGGCCUGGCCCUACCUGCGUCCCCUGUGUCGAGGGGCGGCAGCGGGUUGCCCCUCACUCCUCCCAGUUUCCUCCGACAGAGGCCCCGCUGCAGACGCUUCACAUGGACGUGUGGGGCCCGGCCCGCGUCCGUGGACAGGGUCACGAGCGCUACUUCCUGCUGGUGGUUGACGACUACUCGCGUUACACCACAGUCUUCCCCUUGCGCAGCAAGGGUGAUGUCACUGAGGUGUUGAUCGACUGGAUCCGCGCAGCUCGUCUCCAGCUCAGGCAGAGCUUCGGCUCGGACUUUCCUGUUCUGCGUCUGCACUCUGACAGAGGCGGAGAGUUCUCCUCUGGCCUUCUGGUCUCCAUGCCGGAGACCUCCCCAGCUUUGCUGUGGACGGGGAAGGUUGGCGAUGCGUCUGCGUUCCGUGUCUGGGGAUCUCGGGCGUUUGUCCGCGACUUGUCUGCGGACAAGCUGUCCCCUCGUGCUGCUCCUUGCGACGUCACGUUUGACGAGUCGGUCCCCUACUACCGCCUCUUCCCCUACCGCACUCCGUCCCUCCCCCCGCCAUCGCUCUUCCUUGUGCCAGGUCCCCCCCCGGUAGACCCCCUCCCCCCUCAGGGUCCUGCCCCUUCAGGUGUGUCCCAGGUAGACGCAGUCGAGCCUGUCGAGGUUACUGGUGACUCUGGUGCUGCUGAGGGUGCUGAGCCUGGGGGUUCUGACUCUGGGGGUGCUGAGCGUGUGGGUGCUACGCCUGGGGGUGCUGAGCCUACGGGUGCUACUACUGGGGGUGCUGAGCCUGGGGGUGCUGAGCCUGGGGGUGCUACGUCUGGGGGUGCUGAGCCUGGGGGUGCUGAGCCUGGGGGUGCUACGCCUGGAGGUGCUGAGCUUGGGGGUGCGGAGCCUGAGGGAGCUGGGCCUGCUCGUGUGGCGUCUGGCGGAGCUGCGCGAGUGGUUUGCCCGGCGCUGGAGGCGUGCUGCUGGAGCUGGAGUUUCUUCGGCUGCUGA